AUGCGGUCGGUUUCAUUGCAAAUUUCUCAUGGGGGCCUCUCGGGCCGAUGCCCCUGGGAAACCGCCCCCCCUCUUUCCGGCAUGGUUCCUAUAUGGGGCGCGGGGUGGCACCGCACGCCCCGGAGGAGAGGAAGGGACGUAGCGGCCCACGCCCGCGCACCCUUUCCAAAGCCGCCGCCAACCCAGGCAGCACCACGAGUUGUAGAGGGCAAUUGCGUCUCUAUUGGUGGCUUUGAUGGUCCCUAUGGUGACCCUUCGCUGCGUCACUUCCGGGGCGUCUACUUGGGCACCGCUAAUCCCAGCGGGGCUCGUGAAGAUUCGGACGCCCAGAGUCCAAAAAGGAGGCCUCAAUUUCCAGGUCGGCAUCGCGCCUACAUGUGCCAUGCGCCGCGUGGGUGGGUGAUUCGGCGGGAUGUGGCGCACGGCGUCUGUAUCCUCUGCCCUGCCCUGCCCUGCCCCCUAGGCGCGGCAAGCUGA